AUGCCUCCAUCUCGAGUAACAUCAAUCCUCCUCUUGCCGCGCGCAACCCUCCCCCCCUCCUCUUCAACCCACCGGGGCAUCUCAACCCAACCCCUCCGACCACAACUACACACACGCCAACAACAGCUACAGCAACCCUCAAGACCAACAAUAUCCUUCUUCUCAACUAGCAACCCAUCCCGAGCCCGCGAACAAAACUUCUACGAAAUCCUCGACAUCCCCAUAACCGCGUCAGCAGCGGAGAUAAAGAAACAAUUCUACGCCCUCUCAAUGCGCCACCACCCAGACCGCAACCGCACAGACCCAAACGCAAGCCAACGCUUCGCCCGCAUUUCCGCCGCCUACAACGUCCUCGGCAACGUCUCAAAGCGCGCAGUCUACGACCGCGACCACGGGUUCCACGUCACGCAACACGCCUCCCCAGGCCAAAGCCACAGCCACCAACACCCGAUGGGCAGCCACAGCAGCUAUGCCGGGUCGCGACCUGCCAGCGGGCUGAGCAAGCGGCGCUCGCCAUUCCAUGGUCCGCCGCCUAGUUUCUACGAACAGGGUGGGUACGGUGCUACGGGGAGACAGGCGCAGGGUCCCGCGGCUGGUGCUGGGAUGGGGUCUGGGUUCGGGACUGGCGCUGGCGCUGGGACUAAACAUGCUGAUCCGGAGGAUUGGGAGGCGUUUAUUCGGCGGAAUCCGUUGAAUCAUUUUAAUGCUCGGGGUCAUUUCCGGACACAAGAAGCGGAGGAUCGGAGGAGGAGGGAGAGGAGGAGGGAGGCUAGGAGGCUUGAUGAGGAUCGGGUUGAGCGUGAGCCUGGCGUUGAUCAAACGCUCUCGAGGUUCUUUCUUUGUUCUGGGUGUUUGAUUGUUAUGCUUGUUGUCGUGGAUCUUUGGCGGGCGGUUCCUAAAGUUGUUGAUGGGAGGAAAACGAGGAAGCAGAGGGAGACUUUGUCUUCUUGA